UGUGAAUUUGGGAAAGGUUUCUAUCCGGUUACCGUAGAGACACAAGUACCCAAUCCUUUGUCUGUUUUCUGGUCUUUGUCUACCUGUGGCUUCUGAGUCUCUGUCAACAUCACACUAUCAAAGCUCUUUACUUUUCAACCGACUUUUCCGUGUGUGUGUACGGACCUUAAAAGCCUCUCUCUUUCUGAGUUCUGAGGAUCUGAGAGCCGAAGAUCAUGGAGGAAAGCCAAGAACUUGAGUUGUUGACUCAGCUCAGAAAAUCGGUCGAGAAAUUAUCUUCUUCCACAGAGGGAUAUGAGAAACCGACAUUGAUGAGGUUCCUGGUGGCAAGAUCAAUGGACGCAGACAAAGCAGCAAAGAUGUUUGUUGAUUGGCAAAAGUGGAGAGCCUCCAUGGUUCCUCCAACUGGGAUCCCAGACUCAGAAGUGAAGGAUGAAUUGGAAUUCAGAAAGAUCUGUCUUCAGGGUCCAACCAAAUCCGGACACCCUUUGGUGCUUGUCAUAACCUCUAAGCAUUUUCCUGCCAGGGAUCAAGCCAAGUUCAAGAAGUUCGUUGUUCAUGUGCUAGACAAAACAAUCGCAAGUGGCAUCAAAGGCAAAGAAGUAGGAGAUGAGAAGUUGGUGUGCGUUGUUGAUCUAGCAAACAUUACGUACAAGAACCUUGAUGCUCGUGGAAUGAUCACUGGCUUUCAAUUCUUACAAUCUUAUUAUCCGGAGCGCCUUGCAAAAUGUUACAUCUUGCAUAUGCCUGGAUUCUUCGUGAGCGUUUGGAGAUUCGUCUGCCGCUUUCUAGAGAAAACAACUCAGGAAAAGAUUGUGAUAGUAACAGAGGGAGAAGAACAGAGAAAGUUCGAGGAAGAGGUUGGAGCAGAGGCUUUACCAGAAGAAUACGGAGGCCGAGCUAAGCUCACAUUAAUCCAAGAUGUCAUUCUUCCUCAGACUGCUCCAGAAAUCUUACCAACAAACAACAAUGUUUAACUCUUGGAAGCAUUUAAUCCUUGAACCCCUAAGCCCUGCUUUAAUCCAUUAUUAUUUAUUUCCCUAAUGCUUUUAGUCUGUAAUGAUUAGAACAAAACUUUCGUUAGAACUUUCCAACAACUUUAAAUUCCCAGAAGAAGUAAUGAAAACACAUGAGAAAGUUGUGUGAAUAUACCCAAUCUGGUGAACCGCUUUCGCUUGCCAGUUUAAAACAUCCUGCUGUUUCUAGUAUUUUGAUAUAAAACGCCUGUUCUUCUAUUUUCUCAGACUAAAACAGCAUGCCGUUUUUGUUUUUGAAGAUACUGAUAAAAACUCCAAAAUCCCGACUACAGUAUUUUGUCUAUCAGCCGCCUCCAAAACCUCUCUCUCUCUGUCUCUCACUUCUUCCUCCGCACGACGGCGACAAUGGCGACGCUCACUCACCACACUCCACAGACCAAUUUCCUCUCUAGGCUUCCUCUAAGGGCUAAACCCAGAGCCUUCUCCGCAAGGGUCAAAAUGUCCCUCCAGGAAUCUGCGCCUUCUCUCGCCGUCGUCGGCGUUACCGGCGCCGUCGGGCAGGAAUUUCUCUCCGUCUUGUCCGAUCGAGAUUUUCCUUACAGCUCCGUCAAGAUGCUGGCAUCGAAACGCUCCGCAGGGAAACGCGUUGCCUUCGACGGCCGUGAAUACACGGUGGAGGAGCUCACUGCGGAUAGCUUCGACGGCGUCGACAUCGCUCUGUUCAGUGCCGGCGGAUCCAUAAGCAAGGAGUUUGGACCGCUCGCGGCGGAGAAAGGAACCAUCGUCGUUGACAAUAGCUCGGCGUUUCGAAUGGUUGAGGGAGUUCCGCUUGUGAUUCCGGAAGUGAACCCUGAGGCAAUGAAAGGGAUCAAAGUCGGAAUGGGGAAAGGGGCAUUGAUUGCGAACCCCAAUUGCUCCACCAUUAUCUGCUUGAUGGCUGUAACUCCUCUUCAUCAUCACGCAAAGGUGAAGAGAAUGGUGGUUAGUACAUAUCAAGCAGCUAGUGGUGCAGGUGCUGCAGCCAUGGAAGAGCUUGUGCAGCAGACUCGCGAGGUUUUAGCGGGUAGGCCUCCGACUUGUAACAUCUUCGGGCAGCAGUAUGCAUUUAACUUGUUUUCGCACAAUGCUCCUAUUACUGACAACGGUUACAACGAAGAGGAAAUGAAACUGGUGAAGGAGACAAGGAAGAUCUGGAAUGACGCAGAAGUAAAAAUUACAGCGACGUGUAUCCGUGUUCCAGUUAUGCGUGCUCAUGCAGAGAGUGUGAAUCUCCAGUUUGAGAAUCCUCUCGAUGAGAACACAGCAAGGGAGCUCCUGAAGAAAGCACCUGGAGUUUAUAUUAUAGACGACAGAUCUUCCAACACCUUCCCUACUCCACUUGAUGUCUCUAACAAAGACGAUGUUGCGGUUGGUAGGAUCAGGCGAGACGUGUCUCAAGAUGGCAAUUUCGGGUUGGAUAUAUUCGUUUGUGGAGAUCAAAUACGCAAAGGAGCUGCUCUAAACGCUGUUCAGAUCGCUGAGAUGCUUCUCUGAUUUCGAAUCCCUCACUGUAUUAUCAGAUUUGGGCCAAGAAUUUGUCUCAUUUUUGUUUUGUGGGUUUCUUCUGUUUCCCUAUUUGACCAAAUUUUGUUACGUUUCUCAUUCAUCAAGUUGUCUCUGGAAUCUGAAUCAUCCCCGCGUUUGAAUCUUGCCAAUUUCCGGUUCGAACCAGUACCGGCUUGGUUAUUGGAAGAUGCAAUUUAUUAGUUAGUCUUCAGAUUGCUUUAGUAUAGGAAUGGUCACAGGUGAUCCUUCAAUGAGAGCCUAUCCCAACAAUUAUUUUACGCACUCACACGAUUGGGUCCUACAUUGUCCUCUCUUUUCUCUUUAAUGAUAGUUAC